AUGAGCACCUCACCCUCGCGCCUCGACGGCUUCACCCGCAAGCUCGUUCACACGAUGGCAGAGCAGUACGGGCUGACUACCAAGUCCUACGCGGGCUACACGCUGCCUUUCUGUCGUAGAGGCGAUGACAGCGUUUAUGAGAUGAAGCGCGUCGUCAUCUCUUGGGCUCCCUCCGCUCGCCUACCAAAGGAGCCUAUUGGGGACAUGUACCUGCGGCUGAAGGGCAAGCGCAAUCGGCUAGACAGGGCCUGCUUCCAGGAAGCACACGACGUGGCCGGCGCACUGCCGGUCUGGGAGAGCAGACGCGCUGUGGAAGAGAGAGAUGAAGGCGGCACGCGUGCAUCGAAGCCCAGCGCACUCACCACCCAGCUAUUGUUUCCCGAUGAAGUGUUGCUCGCCAUCUUUCAGCAUCUCCCGUGCGAAGACCUAGUGUUGGCGUGGCCCAUGCUACGCCCGUGGGUGCAACAGGAGAGUGCACUCCGCGGCGGUGUCCACACCGAGGUGGUCGAUUGCUGCCUCGAGCGCCGCACGCACAUGAAGAUGAGCAGGAGGGCUCCGCCCGCCGAUCAGCGUGCGCUCGACCGCCAUGAGUGGCGCCGCUACUGCGUCGACAACUACGCGCGGUGGCGCUUCUCCCAUGACGACCCGAGGCGUCGUCGCCGAUCGAUGCACCAGAUCAAGCACGCACGCCUGCCCCACGACUAG